CCUAGGACACAACAAGCGAAAAAUAAGCCGCACGUGAAUUUUUGUUUACUUUCAAUUGUUGCAACUAACAAUGUAAUGAUAAUUAUUAUUAUGAGCCAAUAUUGAAUUUAGAAACUGCAAAUCACAAGCGAUUGUGUUCAAAAUGUACUCCAAUAGAAUUGUGCGAAAUUUGUCUCACUUCAACCGGCUUCUAUGUAAAACUUCACCAGAAAAGCCGGUAGCGAUAGGAGCGGACAAAGUACGGGAAUUGCUCGAUAAUGCAGCAAGCUUUGAAGAUGUUCGACCACGAAGUGAACAAGAUACGUGGGCUACGCUUCCUUACGUAGAAGGAACUCAUAUCAAGCGUGAUCAGGCUCUCAAAUCCACAAGGCCAAAGAUUGAUCCCCGAGAAACAUCCGUCAUCCUGUUUCCAGGACAAGGCGCACAAUUCGUAGGAAUGGCUUCGCGAUUGCUGAAAUAUCCUGGAGCCCGAGAUAUUUUCGCGUUGGCCAACGAAGUGCUCGGUUACGACCUGCUGAAGCUAUGUUUAGAAGGCCCCAAGGAUGCACUCGAUCAAACGAUACACUGUCAGCCAGCGGUAAUGGUUUCCUCACUGGCUGCCUUGGAGCAACUUAAAGAAGAACGUCCGAACGCGAUUGAAAAUUGUUUCGCAACAGCUGGAUUUAGUCUAGGAGAAAUUAGUGCCCUAGUAUUUGCUGGUGCACUUCCGUUCGACCGAGCUCUUCGAUUGGUUCAGAUUAGAGCGGAAGCGAUGCAGUUGGCUAGCGAGCAAAAUAAAGGUGGCAUGUGCACGGUGUUAUUUGGUCCUGACGCUCGAAUUGGGGAAGCUUGCAAAGAAGCGGUUAACUGGAGUAUUCAGCGUGGUGUUGAAUAUCCCGAAUGUAAAAUAGCAAAUUACCUCUAUCCAAGCUGCAAGGUGAUUGCAGGAAACGAAGAAGCUCUGAAGUAUCUGGAAGCUAACAUGAAGAAAUUCGGCAUCAAACGAAUAAAAAGACUUCCCGUCAGUGGAGCAUUCCAUACGGAGCUAAUGGCGUCUGCCGUGGAACCUUUUUACAUGGCGUUAAAAAAGAUCAAGAUUGAAGACCCAAUUAUCAGCGUUCAUUCGAAUGUUGAUGGCAAACGCUAUCGUAAUGCGAGCCAUGUACUAAACCAGUUGCCAAAGCAAAUUGUGCGACCCGUCAAGUGGGAACAAACCUUACAUAAUAUAUACGAAAGGAAAACUGGUGACUACUUCCCCAGAACAUUCGAGUGUGGACCAGGGCAAGGGCUAAAGACGAUCCUCAAGCAGGUCAACGCCAAAGCAUGGGAUUCAGCAUUCUGUAUACAGGCUUAAUAAGUAUCGUUUGUUAUGCUUGUUACAAUAAAAAUAAUACAAACCAAAAUGCGACGCUAUAGCUGGAGAAAAACACGAGACAUUUUGGCUUCAAGCGAAAACGACAUACUACAUUAAAAUAAGCCACAGUUUCAACAAUUUUGUUUUUAAUAU